AUGGCACACGGCGGCCAUGGUUGGCCGAAUGGGCAGUUCCAUCCCCAAGGAGGAGAAACCGACAAUGCUAUGAACUCUCAUGACCCUGCCCUGGGGUACGGCGAUGGGUUCGCCGAAGAUAAUUUCUACUUGCCCAGUUGGGGCGCUGUGGAUCACCCCGGAGCCUCCGACCCGCAAUUCUAUCCCGCCCCGGACUACUAUCCGCCCGGCACUGCGUACAACGACACCACCCGUUCCGUGGAGCACAGCAGCCCUGCCGCGGCUCAGCCAGCGUCGUACCCCGAUGGAUCCUAUCAUGAUCCGGCCUUCGUGGGGCAAGGGCAACAAAAACAGGUGCAGCCGCAGCCACAACAACAGCAACAGCAACAGCAACAGCAACAGCAACAGCAACAGCAACAGCAACAGCACCCGUCGUUCCAGCAUUUCAGCGUCCAGUCGAAUCAUGGCAACCCUCAACCAGCGAACAGCUUUACCGACAACUCCUGGCAGCCCCAACCAACCCAACCAUCGCAUUCGCAAUACCCUACACCUUUGAGGUAUGAGGACCAGGUCCCACAGAACCUGUACCAGCAGCAACUGCAACAAUCCCAUGCGCACACGCCGCCCCCCGCCGCGCGGGCUUCGGGCCACUUUGCUGUCAACCACGGUGGACAGAGUGCCUUCAGGGCCGAGUUGACGCCCAAUAGUAAUCAUCAAGCCUCGGGCCACUCACCUCAGCAGCCUCCUAACCCGGCCACCUCACAUUACCAAUUCCAGGUGAACCAAGGACAGUACAUUGGCAGCCCGUACCAGACCCCCGUGCCUGCCCCCACACAGUCACCCGUUGGUUUCCAGGGCCAGCUCCGUUAUUCCAUCCAGCCGCCGCAAGCAGCUGGUCAAGUGAAUUUGUCGGCAGCCUCACCCCAGCCUACCCACACGCCAGGAAAUGUUCCCGUCCAGCGCACGGCUUCGGCGAUGCAAAACCCACCAGCAGCGCAGUCUAACAAUCCUGCAGUCUUACCCUAUGUUCCUCCUGCUGCUUCACAAACAGCCAGCUCCCAUGCACAGACUUUCAUAGAGCACCCAGCGCCAGGGCCUAUGCAAGGUGUCCAGAACAAUGCCACUCUGACAUAUGUGCCUUCACGACCUCCCUUUGAUCCUAUCGCCGCUGGUGGAUUCACGGAAAUACGCGGUUGCCCCAAUUUGUUUGUUGCUGAUUCUCCCGUUGAUGGGUCCAAUGUCAAGCCCCUUCCUGAAAAGGCCUUCCAUUUCGUGGCCCAGUUCAACGCGAGAGACGCACCGCUGCUGUCGAGCUACUCUUCACGUUUGCCCUGUGAGAUACAGCGUGACUGGGAUUGGUUGCAUAAGCAGGAGAAGGUGGCGGAACAUGACGCCAAGAAACGAGCCAUCGCUGGGGAGAAGGCCAGGCUGGAUAGUGAGAUGACGCAAUUGACUGGAGAAAGCAUCGGACCCUCUGGCAAGCAUGGGCGAAAGAAGUCGACAGCUAUGAUUGAAGGCAAAGCCCCGUCUGCGCGUAGACCCGAAAGCGAGUCCUCAGACGACAGUUCAGAGUAUGAGAGCGAUUCUGAUGGCCUUGAGGAGACCAAGGAAGACCAGGAAGCACGCAAGAUCAAGAAGUCUGCAAAACCAAGCGAUCCCAUCAAGGCCGCUGAGUACGAUAUCAUCAAGAUUGUCUGGCGAGACCCAGCUGAAGCUGUGCAGCCCAAUGCAACAGGCAAUGCCAUCCACAGCUUCGGUGUCUACAUAGAAAAGCUCUGGAACCGAGCAAAGGACCUCAAAAAGGAUGUCAAAGCCGCCAAGGAAAAGAAGAGUAAGCAGCUGGCGGCACUAGAAGCAGAGCAUCUCGCCCAACUCAAUCUGAUCCGUGCCGCCGUCGGGGCAGCCAUAAAAUACGCUGAGCCUUCGGUGCUGGAGAACAUGGGCGGGAAUCACAAAUUGGCCGUCAUUCUCUGGAAUGCCCUCCGAAGUUCUCUGGCUUCGAAGGACUUUAAUGGUCCAUUUCCAAAGGCAAUCUUGCGACUCUUCUCGCAGUUCACGACGAUGGAGCGUGGACUCGUGGUUAACGUCCUCAAGGUUCCCGAGUACCAAAAGAAGCAUCUCAAAGAUUUCGACAAGAUCUGCCACGGCUACCUGGACCAAAUUUUGCUGAAGGCAAAGCGUCCUGCAGCGGAUGCUGACAAAAAGGCCAAGGAAGGGGCGGCAGCUAGCAGUCUCAAAGAAUCGACGAGCCUCGCGAAGAAGACACCGGUUGUCAUGGCCAAAGACCUAGUCUCAGCAUCCAAGAAGCCGGCAUCUGCUGACUUAAAGAAGGUCCAGCCGGGCGGAACCCCUGUCCUUGAGGCUAGGAAGGUCAGUAACGGAGUUACGAAGACUACAUCGGGAUCACCGUCCAAACGACCGAGAGACGACGACGUCGACUCACGUGCAACGAAAAAGGUUGCAAUGGAUGGCUCAUCAAACAGUUCCGCGGCAUCCAAGACGAUGUCGAACGCCACGGCUGCCAAAACCACCACGAUCGUACAGCCUCGUCCAAAGGCCGGUGGAUCGAUCCUCCCAGGACGGGCAAGACCUGCCGCAAAGCCUGCCGUCAAGAAGCCAGAGCCGCAGCCGACGUCCACUUCGUCUAUGAUUGGUGGUCUGUUGGCGGAAAUCACGAAGCCCAAGUCUCCACCCAGACAGAAGGAGGAGCCUUCCAGAGCAUCCGAGACUCCCGAGGAGAAGGCACGAAGGUUGCGCAAAGAGGCUCGCCGUGGUCUCAGGGUUGUUUGGAAACCUGAUCACGAGCUGGAAGAAGUGCGCAUCUUCCAGCACGAUGCUGCCGAGGACGAAGGGCGCGCUAGCAACAUGAUACGUGACGCCCGUGAUAACCGGUCAGAAGGACAGGCCUUGAAGCGGGCUCGUGUCCACGGUCCCGAUGGCCAGGAUCAGGGCGCUCAGAAGGACUAUGAAGAUGAAGAGGAGGAAGACACGGAAGAGGGUAAGCCCAAGGAGAUUGCCCUGAAGGAGUGGAGAGAUCCUCCCUCGAUCAUCUUCUCCCACAUCGACAACGUCAAUCCGGGCCAGCGGGACAAGAGUUACACCAGCCGAGGCGGAAAUAAGGAAUUCCAUACCGAAGAGCAGGGCUUCAUGGAGAAGUAUGAGCAAACGCAUCUCAUGAACAUCUACACGUCUGCGAUGGAUAUUCCCGACACUCCCAAAUCGCCACCCCGCCGGGAAGCUCAGCAGCCUUCAGUUCCCCCUCAAGCACACCAGCUCCACCCCGACACGCCCGGCCUGCAAGAAAUUCAUCUGAGGGCGACAGAAGCUGCACAGUUCGGACCCAGCGUGGCGACACAACGUAUGAUCGAACGAUCUCGCACUCGGGCCAGUCCCGAACGCGCUGCCAGGCUGGACAAACUCUCCGCUCAACUCAGAAACAUGUCUCAUUCGACACACGUGCAGCCAUAUGCGUUUGCACCGAGUAUGCCACCAGCUGCCCGUACUGCGAGUUCAUCCGCUGCGAUGUCUCGCUUUAGUGCCAUGACACAGACCGAGCGCGAUGCCGAGGUCCUGCGAGUGAUGAGUUCGGACGCGGUCCGUAACUGGGUUGACCCGAUUCCUGUCGACCCCAACAACUUGAAGACCCAGCGACGAGAUGACUAUGGCGAUGCCAGGAUCCAAGCACACGCUGCGGCUUUCGAGGAUGUGGCUCAUGGCUUUAUUGGCAAACAGUUCCCCGCCACUGAGCCCCCGGAGCAUAUGAGAUCCAACCCUGAUCACGUCAAAGAGUGGCAGAUAGGAUACAACAAGGACAUGGCGGCGAAAGCCACACAUGAUGCCAAGGACCGUGCCAUGAAACUGGCUGAGGAGUUCGCUCGCAAGAAUGCCGCCGCUAGUCACGUCGCUGCGCAGCCUGCUGUACCCCAAGCUACGCAAGAUCCGAACGCAGCAGCCUGGGCAAUGUACUUUGCUCAGAUGAACCAAGGCCAAGGACAGCCUCAACCAGGCCAGGGCUCGCAGUUGACCUACGACCAAUAUGCAGCCAUCAUACAACAGACCCAGGCCCUGCAGGCACAGCAGGCUGCGCAACCCCAAGCACCGUCAUAUCAACAUCAGCAACAAGGAACACCUGACGCAAAUGCACAAAUUGGAAGCCUGCUUGCCGCCCUCGGUGGCGCCCAGGCUUCCCAGCCACCAAAUCCAGGCCAGGGCGCUCAAGAUCCUAAUGCAGCAAAUGCUGCUGCGUGGGCGGCGUACUAUGCAUCGGUGGGACAAGGAGCCGGCCAGGCCGCUCCCACAUAUCAGCAGCCUCAGCAAGCGGCUCAUCAACCCAACCGCGAGCGAGAACGAGAACGAGACCGUGGCGGUCACAGCGCACCCUACACCGCAGAUGGCGCGCUGGACUACGGCCCAUCGGAGUAUGAGUCGCGCGACAAAGGCAGCCGAGGCCGAAAAGACAAUAAGGAGGCCUUCCGAGGAGGCAAGGACUAUGAUCGCAAGGGGAUCAACCGGUCACUCAUCGGCACCAAACCUUGCACCUUUUGGGCUCAGGGUAAGUGCGCGAAGGGCGAUCAGUGCACUUUCCGCCACGAUCCCAAUGACCUGAAGUAA